AUGCCGUCGCCAGGCGUCCUGCUGCUCACCGUGGCGCGGGCGUCAGCACUACGGACGCGCUCCUCGGGACAAGCGCCGGAUGUGCAGGAUUUUCAGAUAGCAGUUGCUGACGCCAAUGAGAUGCAAUUAGAAGUUACCUUGUGGGAUAUCAAUGGCGAUCCCGAGGAAAGUUUUCUCGGCGAAUGCAUUUUGAAUCUUGCCAAACUCAUCCCCUAUCAAGGGGAGAUCAUCAUGCAGGACUUUGACGUGAAACAAGGAAAGACCCACAAGUCCCGACUCAGAGCUGAGGGGAGGCUUGUCUUGCAGCUAGAAUUCAGAAAGAUGGAAGCGGAAGAGGUCCCUGUGCCAACACCACAGCAAGCGAACUCAUGUGCACUGAAUGUGACUCUGUUAGAGGCACAGAACUUGUCCAGGAGUGAGGUAGAAGGAGAUCCAGACGCAUUUGUCUGUGUCUCCAUCGUCGACAAGCCCUCGCUCAUGCAGCAGCGACACUUUCACGCCAUUGACCACGGCAUUGGCUCGCGCGCCAACGAUAGCAGGUUCAUCUCCGUGAGGCCGCUGCAUGUUACAAACCGUUAUCCCUCGAGCUCAAAUCCAGCCUGGAACGAAGGAGUCACCUUCCCAUGCACUCACCCGAGUAUUGAAGCCAUAGAAACUUCCGUGGCCAAGGGUUCGUACCCCGAUGAAGCCGUCCCCCUCGAUGGGCAGCCUGUGCUAGUCAUGAUCACUGUCCAUGACAAACGAGCUACGGAUGCAGGCAAGAAUGAUUUCUUAGGCCGCGUCAUCCUUCCCAACAUCAGGCUCGGCGUUCCAGUUGAACAAUGGUUCAUGCUGCAAGCCCAAGACGGCAACCAGCUCCGCAGCAGCUCCGGAGAGCCUUCAACGCUGAGACUUCGCAUUCACUACGGCACUGUCAACUCCGUUGAAUUCCUUCAGAGUCCUACAAUAUCCCUUGAUGUCCUACAGAUGAACAACGGCCACCAUGCCUCUAACAGAGCACAGCAAAUUCAAGAUGUCAGUAUCAACACCUCCAUGACUGCUAAAUCAGAAGGGUUGUUUGCCUUUUACAUCGAGGUGAUCCAAGCGCAAAACUUUCCGAGAAUCUACGACGAGAAGGAUGUUUACGUUUGUGCCUCUUUGAUUCAAAACCCUACAUUGAUGGAGAAGAAGCAUUUCUUCCUGAUUGACCAUCAUUAUGGACAAGACGUUGACGACAAUCUCUUCUAUAGGAUGAAACCGCAGUACCAGACACCUGCUGUCAAAGUGUUCCAACAUUGCGAAUGGAAUUCUUCCUUCACCUUUCAUAGCACGUUUCCAGAUAUCACCAUGUUGGAACGACUGCAUGAUAGCAAUCAGAUACUGAGUGCCUCUGACGACAGGCAUCUCGAUGGAAAUGCUGUGCUCUUACUUAUGACAGUUCAUAGAGCAGGAGAUGAUGCUUUCAUCGGGCGUAUUGUGGUUCCCCACAUUGGAAUCGGCAAACCUGUCGACCAAUGGUUUGUGUUGCAAAAUCGUGAUGGGAGUCAAAUAUGCGAUGAACUUGGAAGAGUCUCUUCAAUUCGAUUCAGGAUAGCGUAUGGUGCACAACGAUCUCAAUCAAGAUUGCAAGAAUCAUCAAUGCUCAGCCAAAACCUUCAUGAUGAGUCAGAAGCAGAAGAAUUACCUCCAGGUUGGCAGCGAGUGAAAGAUUCAGAAUCUGGCAGGAAGUUCUAUGUAAAUCAUCAGCUCAAAACAUUCUCCUGGAAACCACCACCUAAAAGUCUUAUCCUAUCCAUUGAAAACAGCCAAUCUCAGACGAAACAAUUCUUGGAAAAUGGUUUGACCAAGAAAACGGGAAUGGAUGACCAACUCAACUCAGGAUUGAAAGGGCAGGGCAAUGCUUCAUUUGUGAUCAGGAUUCACGGGUCCAAAAACUUUCAGAGUCUUGCAACAAAUUUGGAGUCUUGUUUCAUCUGCGUCUCAAUUCUUUCGGAAACAAAUGAAUGGAGACACUCAAAGGAGAUAUUCCACACGUUGGACUACAAUGAACAGGUUUCUGAAAGUGCUGUCUUGAUAGCUCCACAAUUCAAGUCCAGGAAUCUUUCAAUUCAUUCUAAUGAAGCGUGGUAUCACGAGGUCACACUUAACGAAGUCAAGAGGGUUGGUGCAGUGAGAGGUCCACAGUACGUCUCAUCCGUCGAGAAUUGUGACUUGAACGGUCAAAAUGUGGACUUGCUAAUCACCGUGCAUGACGCCAAAACCCAAGAACAAGCAAGUCUCGUGGCAGAUGCGAUCAUAAGCGACAUUGAGACUGCACACUCUGCGAAUGAAUUGUUCACCCUGAGACCAUUUCCCAGGUCAGAUGCGAACCUCAGCAAUGAGAAACCCCUCGUGCACCUGAGUUUCGAGUACUCAGCGUCAGGGGAGCUGUCGAUGAGAUCCGACCAGGACCAGGCGAAGUCAAGGCUUCAUGAAGAAAAGCACCUUCCUCAAUCUGAACCGCCAGCACAUGAGACUGAGCAGCUCCAGCGAGAAGCUGAACUACACCAGCAGGAGCUCGAGCGAAGGAGGCAGGAGGAGGAGGAGGAGGCGGAACGACAGAGACAAGAGGAGGAGCGACUGAGACAGGAGGAGGAGCAACAGAGACAGGAGGAAGAAGCUGCCAGACAGAGACAACGUCAAGAAGAAGAGGAAGCCGAGUGGUACAGACAACAGGAGGAGCAGAAAGAGCGACAGAGACAGGAGGAGGAAGCUGAAAGACAAAGACAGGAGGAGGAGCAACAGAGACAAGAGGAGGAGCGACUGAGACAGGAGGAGGAGCAACGGAGACAGGAGGAAGAAGCUGCCAGACAGAAACAACGCCAAGAAGAAGAGGAAGCCGAGUGGUACAGACAACAGGAGGAGCAGAAAGAGCGACAGAGACAUGAAGAGAUGGAAGCAGAGCAUCGGAGACAGGAGGAGGCAGAGAGGCAGAGGAUAGAGGAUGCAGAAAGACAGAGGCAAGAGGAGGCAGAGAGGCAAAGACAGAGACAGCAGCAAGAGGAAGCGGAGCAGCGAAGGCAAGAGGAGGAAGCGGCGGAGCGGAAGCUACGAGAAGAAGCUGAGAGGCAGAGGCAAGAGGAGGAGGAGGCGAGGCAACGACAAAGACAAGAGGAGGAGGAGGCAGAGAGGCAGAGACAGCAGCGAGAGGCCGACAUGCAAUCAGCACACAAGGAUGAUCCCCACAUGCGCAGCCCUGGUCAAGAAGAUCCCGCCACAAGAGGCGACUAUGCAGGAGAGGAGCAGACGAGCGAUCUUGUUCCCACCGCCAAGGAGCAAACGAGUGCUGCCCACAGCCCUGUUCUUGUUGCAUCCCCUGAGGUUUCCAGCAAGGGUGGCACGAUGGCAGAGCUCCCUCAGACGGCUCCCCUGCCUUCGCUCUCGUCGGACUCCAACGGACAUGAGCAAGGGGACGCAGACGCGCGUGCGUCACUCCCCACCCACGAGCCUUCCAGGCCUUCGAUCUCUUCAAGUCCAGCGCUGCACCAGGGGAAAUUCUCAAUCUUAGUGGUCGAAGGGUCAGUGAAGGCAGCUGACCGGUCGAGGAUGAUGUCAUGUGAGAUUCUCCUGGAGGCAAAUGGAUUCAUAUACCCUAUCUUCGGCAAGACCAAGAGCGUCGCUCUAGCAGAUGUGGUCAUGCUCGGCAGAUCAGACUCAUGGCUGCAGCUGAUGGACGACAAGGGUCAGCUGCCAGUUCAGGACGUGGCGGCAUUGCACGUGGUGCUUGAGUAUCAGCAGCCGACGGUAGAGGCGCUGGUUGGCUCGGUGGUCCCUCCAAGAUCGCCCAAGGAUGAAGCUCGUUUGAGCCCAAAAUCCGACAGCCCUCCAUCGACGCGGUCGAUCGCUGACAUGAGCAAGAAGGAUGCUGGGGUCGGCGUUGUUCUCGCGUCAGCUGGGAGAGGGGAGUUCGUAGUGGAGUACCUCGCCGAGGGAGGACCUGCUCGAGAGUGCGGCAAAAUCGCAGUGGGAGAUUAUCUCUCCGACGUGGACGGGCAGGUCGUGCUGGGAAAGAGCUUGACAGAGAUCCAGCACUUGCUGCGGGGCCCUCAGAACUCUCCAGUCACCAUGACAUUUGAGCGACGGCCAGCCGAUCCAACGGAGAGGCCAAGAGAGAUCCUCGUCACUCUCAUGCGCAAGAAGUUGACCAUGGAGGCUGGCAACUUCGCUCCCUACGGCAGACUCCAGCAGGAGCUCAUCAGACCAUCAGCAGAGCCCUCGACCAGAGCUGAGAAGGAGCCUCGCCGGUUCCCGUCAGAGCAGGUUGACCCCCGCGGCAAGGCUUCGCCUAAGGACAGCCAGCAGUUGUCUGCUCUCAGAAGCGAGUUUGGCAGCCUUCUGGAAGAUUUGUACCAUGGCAGUCGCGACCCCGCGAUGGGGCAGGUCUUGCGGUGGAAGCACAACAUGCUGUUCGGAAGCAAAGCUCCAUAG